AUGCCUCUGGUGCAGCGUGACCUCUGUCUUCAUCUGCCCGAUCACUUGCGCCUGGGUCAACCGCCAUCUCAGCUAUCCUCUGGAUCCAGUGCAUCGCCGACAUUUUCUCGACUUACCCAAUGGAUGCUGGCACACAAGGACCGGUUGGACCGGUUGCUUGAGAUUGAGCUGCGUGCCGAGGAUGCUGGCUGGAUGAUCUACUCCCCUGAGGAGGCCGAGAUCAAGGCGCAGAUGGCUGACGAAAUCUGGCAAUUAUCAAUUGACCAGGCUCUGCAGGCCAUGCUUUCUAGCAGGGCGGCCUCCAAAAAAGCCAUCUUAGCUCUAGCUUAG